CCCGCCUCCUGUGUUGUCGUUUCAGAUCCUGAGGAUUACCAACCGCCCAUAUGGAAGUCUUACUUGUACCGGCUCCAGCAGGAAGCUCCUCGGCCCAAGAGGAUGACCUGCCCUCAGGAGAUGGAGACCAGACCCAAAUAUUACGGCAGAGAGUUCCAUGGCAUGCUAUCCAGAGAGUCUGCAGAUGAGCUACUGGGAGGAGCAGAGGGGGCUUACCUUGUCAGAGAGAGCCAGAGACAGCCAGGGACACACACCUUGGCCUUAAGGUUUGGGUACCAGACCCUGAACUACAGACUGUUCUAUGACGGGAAGCACUUUGUGGGGGAGAAGCGCUUUGAGACGGUCCAUGACCUGGUGACGGAUGGCCUCAUCACCCUGUACAUCGAGACCAAGGCAGCAGAGUACAUCGCCAAGAUGACCACCAACCCCAUCUAUGAACACCUGGGCUACACAUCCCUGCUGAAGGACAAGAUGGGGCACCGGCUGAGCCGGAGACGCACUGAACCCCAUAGGGUCACCUUCCAGAGAGAGGACAGGAAGGUGAGGUAUUUGCUUUGA